CCUUCCACCUCUCUGAUCAGCUGCCCCUCCCUCAUCCUCUUCAUCUCUGCUAGGUGCAGCAUGUAUGUGAGCGUGUGUAUUUACAUGUCAGCCUAUCAGUGCUGCUGGAUUUAGCGCAUCUGGAGAGGAUGAAGGCAUCUCUCAAAUGCCCCUCAGACAGAGGAUUCUCAUCUCUCCUUACACCCCUCUCCCCCGUGUGAAUCCAGCCUGACUUCGAUCCUGCAUCCCUGUCUCCAUGCUUUCGGAAGCAUUUUGAAUUUCCUUGGCAACAUGGAGCUGCCUGAAUUAGAAUUCUCUGCAUGACAGUCCUGCCGCCUCUUGCCACUGGCCAUUUCCAGCUGAAAUGGGGGAUCCUACGCAGGUUUUUGAUUCACCACAGGUUAGACAGAUGGGUAGAGGAGACAACCAGGAGGUAAGCAGUAGGAUGGUGUCAGGGGAGGCCGGGGGGCACAGCUACCUGGUAGCAUGCUGGCAGCCCAUCCUGGUCCUGAUGCUGGGCACCGUUCUUUCUGGUUCCACCACUGGUUGCCCCUCCAGAUGUGACUGCAAUGCUCAGGAGCGCUCAGUUGUGUGCCAUCGCCGGAGGCUGUCUGCUCUACCUGAAGGCAUCCCCAUUGAAACCCGGCUAUUGGACCUCAGCAAGAACCGCCUGAAAAGUUUUGGGCCAGAGGAGUUCAUUAAUUACUCUCAGCUGGAAGAUUUACAACUCAAUGAAAACAUAAUUUCGUCCAUUGAGCCUGGAGCAUUUAGCAAUCUUAUGAAUUUACGAAAUCUGGGUUUGCGCAACAACCAGCUGAAGCUCAUUCAGCUUGGAGUGUUCACUGGUUUGACCAACCUUACACAGCUGGAUAUUAGUGAGAAUAAAAUUGUCAUUCUGCUUGACUACAUGUUCCAGGAGCUGUACAACCUGAGGUCUCUGGAGGUUGGAGACAGUGACCUAGUUUUCAUUUCACCCCGAUCAUUUCAUGGUCUGAGCAACCUUGAAAUCCUGAGCAUUGAAGGAUGCAAUCUGGCCUCAGUGCCCACUGAUGCCCUUAGCCAUCUCCACAACUUGUUGUCACUUCGAUUGCGCUAUCUCAACAUCACUGUCAUAAGGGAUUAUUCCUUUAAGAGGUUAUAUCGGCUCAGAGUGCUGGAGCUGUCUCAUAUGCCUGCCCUGGAUACCAUGACAGCAAAAUGUUUGUUUGGACUGAACCUCACAUCAUUGUCCAUCACAAGUUGUAAUCUUACUGCCAUUCCCUAUCAAGCCAUCAGUCACCUGAGAUAUCUUCGAUUUCUGAACCUGUCUUUCAAUCCCAUCCACACUGUUGAAGGCAACCAACUGCACAACCUACAGAAGCUCCAGUCCUUUUAUUUGGCUGGUGGGAGAUUAGCUGCAAUUGAGCCAUAUUCUUUCCGAGGGCUCAACCAUCUCCAUAUCCUCAAUGUAUCCAGCAAUAGCUUGAGCACCUUGGAGGAGUUGGCAUUCCAUUCAGUGGGAAACCUGGAGACCCUUGCUUUGUACGACAACCCUUUGGCCUGCGAUUGUCGCUUACUCUGGGUUUUUCGCAGGCGGUGGAGGCUGAACUUUAACAGACAGCAACCCGUGUGUGCUUCACCUGAGAUUGUACAAGGAAAAGAGUUUAAGGAUUUCCCAGACAUCUUACCUUCUGACUAUUUCAUCUGUCAGAAGUCAAAGAUCAUAGACUAUAAAGUCCAAGAAAGUCACGUGGAUGAAGGAACUACAGUCCAUUUCACUUGCCAAGCUGAGGGUGAUCCUGUGCCAGUGAUAAUGUGGCUGUCCCCGAAGAAGGACUACAUUACUACUAAAACUGUAGGGUCUAGACUAUCUGUGGCUUAUGAUGGCACAUUGGAAGUGCGUUACGCACAAAUCCAAGACAAUGGCACUUACAUGUGCAUUGCAAGUAAUGCAGCAGGCAAUGACACUAAAGCUGCGCACCUGUUUGUACAUAGUUAUUCUCCAAAUUGGCCCCAUCAACCAAACAAGACAUUUGCCUUCAUUUCAAACCAACCAAGCGAUGAAGGUGCUAACGUGACCCGGGCUACAGUUCCAUUUCCAUUUGAUGUAAAGACACUCAUCAUUGCCACUACAAUGGGGUUUAUCUCUUUCCUUGGAGUGGUCCUCUUCUGUCUUGUGAUUCUGUUUCUCUGGAGUAGGGGGAAAGACAACACAAAGUCAAGUAUAGAGGUUGAAUAUGUGCCACGUAAAGAGGAGACUGAGGAGGUCAGUCCAGCUGAGGCACCCAUACAAUUCAAUAUGAAAAUCAUGUGAAUCUCAUGCAAGCUUACAAACUGUGAGCUAUCCUCCAUAAGAUGUAUUCAGUUUAUGAGUGAUAGAAAUUGCACAACAGCCUCUCGACAAUACGCUUGGCUUUUUCCCCCUCUUCAGGGAUUGAAUCUUUAAAAGCAAAUAUUGACUUUCAAGUAUUCAAAUGUCUGUACAUUUUUAUUGAUGAUAUUUAAUCAGAUGCACACAUGCACACCUGAUUACUGUUUGUAACCAGAUGAAAGGAAUAGUAUGGCUGUAGGGGUAAACAGUACACAGUAAAACUGCUUAUAGUGGAUGACUGUGUGGAUGCAGAUAUUAAGAUACAGGUGACACAUCUUACCAAAACAACAUGACAAGGACUUUUAUUUUGUUCUUUUUUCCAUUGUUUAAUUGUCAGUGCAUUAGUUAUGUUCCUCAAAAUGUCUAAUUUUGCUGGCAGCCUUCUGUAGACAUUAUUAAGGAUGCAGCUCAAAAGAAAAAUGUGAAUUUGAGAACAAAGUCCAGGUUUUAAAGAGACUGUGCUACCAUGUGACUAAGCUGUAAAUUCAAGAAGAAAGUGGAAA